AUGGUCCUUCUGGUUGCCUUGCUCUUGCUGCUGGCUCUCCUGUCUUUCUGGAGGGUGGCAAGAGAGCUACUGGAAUUUUAGUUCAAACUGCCCCAAGGGCCAUAGCCCUCACUACCAAUAAUUGGCAGUCUGUUGCAUUUAAUAGGACGUCCCCAACUCCACCUCUUUUUUUGCAAACUGCAACAGAAGUAUGGUACUCUCUAUGCUCUUUAUAUGGGUUCCCACUACGUGGUGGUGGUCAACAACUACAUCCAUGCCAAGGAAGUGCUGCUUAAAGAAGAGGAGAAUCUGGCUGGAAGAUGAUCCAAGGUGACCACAGAUUUGCUGACACGGAAUGGGAAAGACAUUGCCUUCGCCUCUUAUAGUCCUCUGUGGAAAUUUCAGCGCAAGUUAGUGCAUUCUGCACUUUCCAUGUUUGGAGAAGGCGCUGAGCUCCUGGAAAGCAUCAUCUGUCAAGAAGCAGCAUCGCUAUGCAAAACACUGACCUUGGAGCAUGAUACUCCGCUGGACAUUGCAGCAGAAAUGACCCGUGCUGUUACUAAUGUGGUGUGCUCCCUUUGUUUCAACUCUUCCUACCGUCGUGGAGACUCUGAGUUUGAAGCCAUGCUCCAGUACAGCCAAGGCAUUGUAGACACUGUGGCAAAAGAAAGCCUUGUGGAUAUCUUCCCUUGGCUUCAGGUGUUUCCUAGCAAGGACUUGGCCUUGCUGAAGAAGUGUGUGGAAAAGAGAGACCAGCUUCUGCAACAGCAGUUUACAGAACAUAAAGAAACAUUCACUGAUGAUUCAGUCUUGGACUUAAUGAGCUCACUUCUGAGAGCCAAGCUGAACAUGGAGAACAAUAACAGCGGUCUAUUGCCAGGGAUGGAACUGACAGAUGAUCACCUGCUCAUGACUGUGGCUGACAUCUUUGGGGCUGGUGUUGAGACCACCACUACCGUCCUGAAGUGGAGUGUGCUGUAUCUAUUGCACUACCCAGAGGUGCAGCAGAAGAUCCAAGAGGAACUUGAUCAGACAGUGGGUUUUGACAGAUAUCCUCAGCUCAGUGAUCGGCAGCACAUGCCUUACUUGGAGGCCACCAUUAGAGAGGUUUUGCGUAUCCGCCCUGUCUCUCCACUCCUCAUCCCACAUGAAGCAUUGACAGAUACAAGAAUUGGGGAGUAUGACAUCCCUAAAGGUGCUCGAGUUGUAAUCAAUCUCUGGUCCCUUCACCAUGAUGAGAAAGAAUGGGAUAAGCCAGGGGAAUUUAAUCCAGGUCGCUUUCUGGAUGAGCAAGGGAACAAACUCUACUCUCCUUCACCUAGCUACCUACCCUUUGGAGCUGGUAUCCGAGUCUGCAUGGGAGAAGUACUGGCCAAGAUGGAGCUUUUCCUCUUUCUGGCUUGGAGCUUGCAGAGAUUCACAUUUAGCGUUCCUGAAGGUGAAACACUGCCUGCACCAGAAGGAAAAUUUGGGGUUGUACUCCAAGCUCCAAAGUUCAAGGUGAAAGCUACACUGCGGAAAGCUUGGCAGGGCCUGGAAAUAGAUCAAUGAUGUUAUUUGGAUUAAAUCAGCGGCCCCAAAGGAAGACACUUCAAGUUUGUUCAGCUGGACCCAUGAAGAGUUUACUGGGGGAGUUUGUACAUAGAAGACUGUCAAAAAUGGGAAUAUCACUAUUGGAAGAAUAAGGGCAGGAACCACUGUGCUGUUUGUACUAAAACAGAAAGUACCUUAAUGUUUCUCUUGAUAACAAUAGCUGUAGACACUGCCUUCUGUUUUCCAGAUUCCUGAUGGACUAAUCUGGGAUUCAGGGUAUUGUGGCAAACCUACAGUGUCAGCAAUGAAGACAUUCAGGACCAUAUGGACUCUAACCCAAGGCUCUCAGCUGUUUGAACUAUAAAGGAAGGUUGUGAGAUAGCAAGUUUUUGGCCAGUAUUACUACUAGCAGACAUCACAGUCUGUGUUUUUGGAACAUCCAUAUUGUGAAAGAGAGCAUCAGUGUCUCGUCAACACAAAUACUAUGUUAUAAGUAACAUGUGGUUUAUUCAGAAACUGCAGAAGUGGACGAGAAGAUACUGGCUUUGAGUUAAGGUGCCAGACUCGGACCUGGGAAAGUCAGGUUCAAAUUCCCACUUAUGCCAUGGAAGCUUCCUGCGUGACCAAGGGCCAGUCAUACUCUCUCAGCCCUGACCCUGGCCAGUAUUUGAAUGGGAGACCUCUAAGGAAUACCAAGAUUGUGAUGUUGUCAAGUCAGGCAAUUGCAAGACACCGCCUUGAAAAUCCUACAGAGUCACCAUAAAUCAACUGUAACUUGCUAAAUGACAAACAAAAAUGCAUGUGUGGGGAGAAAUAGAGAUUUUGGUUGGUUCUCAUGGCUGAGGGUUGUGUAUUAAAGCCCCUGCUGUGAUUGGUGAAACUUUCCAAUGGUCUUAAAGUAUGUGCCUCAGUGCUACCACAGCUUAAGUAUCUCACAAACUGAUUACACACCAGUUUUGAAGAUCUUGCAGACAAACACCCCGGAUAGAUUUGCCUACUUUGCUCCUAUAGCCCCUGCUGUUUCCCCCCAUCUACCCCCUAUUAUCUUUUAGCGAUCAGAGUGGGCUGGCAGCUAUCCUUGGGAAAACCUUGAGCUUUUAUUGAAAUAGGCCUAUCCUCAGACAUACAAAGUUGUAUGAACUUUACACUGGGGAAUCCUUUGGUCACCUAAUGAGAGACAUGCUACAUUGAAGGAAAGUUGAAAAACACCUAGGUGUUUUUUUUUUUUUUGAUAUGUUAAUAGUUAUAGAAACACUGGUGAUUUAGGCAACUAAAUUUUUUACCUGAGCAACUAAGACAUUUAUUGAAUCUGGAGAACUGCACUUUUUAUGUGUCUGAUAAAUCUGAAUAGAACUCUAGCUGCAUCUAUAUUGUUGGUUUCUUGGUUUUAAAAAAAUGUCUGAGGUUAUAUGACAUUGCAAGAUGACCGUCUCUACAAAAGUUUACCAGUCUCUUCACUGCUUAUGUACCAUCAACCCUGGACCAAUAGAUUCUCCUGUAAACUGAUUCAGGUUUCUCCCCAGAGGAAAGCACAUUUGGCAAUGCAAGUGACACUGAUGGACAUAUCAAGAGCCUUCUGCUAGACUCAGAGGGACUGAAAGAAUAAGGAUAUAGGACAAGAGCAGGGAAGAAGGAUGGAUAUAGGAUGGUAGAGAAGGAAACCAUAAAAUGUAGAUAGGUAGAGACAGCCUAAAAGAAGAGGGCAAAUAAUGGAGGGAUAAUUGUAACUUUGGCCUUAGUUAAUGAUGUAAAGUGAUCUUAUAAUGCAAUAAUUCUCCUUUAAUUUUUUUACCAUCAUGCCAUUCUUGCAUGCUCAUUUAUAUGUAUCCAAGAACUUAGUUAAUGCAACUUUUUCCGCACCAAGCUAUUAAAACAUGCAGAUUAUGCAUACCUUUCUGCAUCUCUUUUACACUACAUGAAGUGAAGGAUGGUUUGUUUAGAAAUUCCCUCCAUGAUGAUACCUUUUUAUUGUAUCAAAUUGUUUUUUAAAUAAUGAGUUACUAGAAUCUGGAGCAUAUCUAAUCCAGAUCAGUUUACCUCUCCUGCAAACUAGAUGUCAUCAGAAUGUUAUGAAAGAUUCUGGUAGGACUCACUCCACACAUUUGUUUGAACUAAAGUUUGUUCCAAUUAAACCACACUUUGCUUUUAACCAUCUUUGCAUUUUCCUGCCCUUAUAAAAAUCUUACAAAUAUUUUAGCUUGAUAUAUUUGAAAAGUAUUAGCAGAACCACAUGGAAGGAAAAAAGAAAGUUUUACCUCCCUCUUACUGGUCUAAUUAGCCAUUGGAAGAAGCUGUCUCUAUAAUGGAGAUAGCAAUUGCUAAUGAUGGAGAAAACCCUGGCUGAUCGAUGUCUGAAUCUGUAGCUACAUUGCUGAACUUACUGGUUAUUCAGAACACAUCUGGAAACAUCCUAAUUCACUAAUUCAUUGUAAGGCAGGAUGAAUUAAAAGUGUAAGAUACAGUGCUGUAUAUGGCAAUGGCCUGACAGUCCACUGAAGUCAAUAGGCUUGAAAAGGUGUGACUCUGUUUAGGAUUGCACUGUAACAAUAAUAUGUUUAGUAUUUGUGUCAUAUGGUAUUAUGGCCUUAGGUUGUCGAUUUUAAAGCACUAGCAAGUUCAUCCUUUUCUUUACUUCCAUGUCUUCAACAUUCAAUGGAAUGUUUCGAAAGGGGCUUCUGGUUUUGAUGGGGAAGGUGGAGGGAAUUGAG